AUGGCGAAUCAGCCAAGAAGAGUUUGCAUUAUAUGUAACAAGGAGAUUGUCACAUGCAAGAAAUAUUACAGCUUGGCCAGGUCAGACCUCCAGCUUCGGAUCAGAAAAGUCAUCAAUAGAGACAUAGUUGUGACGGACGAGACAGGUCGGAUAUGUUCAAGUUGUCACACGCAAUUAACUAACAUUGAAAAAUUACAGUCAUCACUGAAGGCGUUUCAAUCCACGUUUGAAAAAACUGAAAAAGUUCGAGCAGCACAUCCACGUCCACAAGAGUCACCAAAAACAAAGCAGUGUCAAACUCCAACAAUUAGUCAACUCAAACGAGUAAGGGCAAGCCCGUCACCCUCCUCAGCAACUGCAUCUCACCAAAGACCCAGGAAAAGACUAGCGUUCACAUCAUCACCUUCAAAAUCAAUCCAGCAAUCAGACUCUCAAAGACAAGAUAAUAAAUCAGUUCAGGCUGUCCUGAAAGUUCUGCAAGACGAGGUAAAAGGCCUUUGCAAGCCGCAACCCCCAUCUCUUUUCAGAAGGACAGAUAAAGAGGCCCUCAAGAGUUGGUCCUACAAAAACCAAGAAGAUGAGCUGAAAGAGAGGUCCCCUGUAUUCUAUCAAAUUUUGCAAACAGUGGCCUUCAAUGAGGAUGCACUGAAGAGGGCCAAGAAUAAAUCGAAGGAAAGUGUUCUUCCUGGGCUUCUGUCGGGUGCGUCCAUGUUGCUGAACUGCCGCAACAUUUGGAUGAACAGUCAUCAAACCCUUACUGGCUUACAGUUGAAGCGAGGAGGCGUUACGAAGCAGGCCGUAGGAAGACUUCAUGCCAGGGGACUUUGUACUUCCUACAGUUCAAUACUGAGUUGCCAAGUUGAACUGGGUAUUGGUUUCGACGGGCCUGUUAUAGAGUGGUCAAACCAAAUGUCCGUGGACAAGAAGACGGAGGCAGAAAUGAAGUCCAAAGCUCAAAAUUUGACUGCAGAAGAGACGUCAGACAUGGCCGAAAGGGAGGAUAAGCUCAGACAGCAUAGAGAGACACAACAUCCAGGGUUCAAAAUAAUAACUGACAAUGUUGAUUUGAGAAUAUCUCCCAGACAGAUGACCAUGCAGCGUGGGAACAAGGACUUGCACUACUGUAAUGCCAUGGCAGUCAAGAAUAAGGUGUCUGGAAACCACCUGACCAAUGAUACUCCAAUUGGCGACCUUAAGAGUGUGAAACUGUCAAAAUUUCUGCCAAGUGUUGAGGAAAACAUUCAGCUGCGAAAGAGUUGGAGAAAUAUAGUUGAAAAAGUGCUUCAAGAGUACAUUCCAGCAUUUUCCCAAUUCAACACGACCCGUCCGACUCACCUGUACAGUCAUCUAUCACAUCAUAAGUCAGAAGUGGUUGGACUGGGUGUGAUAACAGAAAAUGAAAAUACCAAUGAAGGUAUAAUGAACAUCAUGGAGUACCUGAACAAACAUGUUCCUGAUGCAAACUCUGACCGACCCAUCCAAAUCAUCAGUGGUGGUGACCAACUCACAUGUGAAAGACAGGAAAACGCAGAGGAGGACAGGCGUGGCUCACCCGCCCAAAGUCGAUGGUCAGGCUUAGUACCAACAUUUGAGGACUUUCAUGCUCUUGGUAAUUAUUAUCAGGUGAUAUGGAAGUACUUAUACUCGACUGACCCAGCAGGAUCCAGAGAUGUUGGUACUCUCUUCGCUGCUCGGAACUUCCUCAGAGCAAACAAUGUUCCUAUGAAUCCCAUGAAAGAUCUCAAUGCCUCUGAAGAAUUUCUGGACAGGUACACAGAUUCUCUUAUUUUGAGUGCUGCCCUUGAGUUUUUUGGAAUGGAUGAACCCGGAGGUGAAAUGACUCGUCAUGGAUUAGCGGAAUCCCCUGAUCAGCAGCAGCACCUUCAUGCUAUGAUUGGUCAACUUAUUGACAGGUUUGCCAUCUGCUCAGUACCACUGUCCGCAGAAAAGAAACGUCUGACAUGCCCAGAAUGUGUGAAGACAUACAAGCAAAUGUCUACACUGAAGCAGCACUUCAGUAAAAAGCACAAGGGUAUUUCUUUCAGGACUGGUGAGGAGCCAGAUCCUGUGAAGGACACGAUGAAAAACUACUGCUGCGUUGCCCUUGGUUUCUGUCUUCUGGCACGUGACUUUCGGGAGGCCAGAAAGUAUGGAGAUGGAGGGCACAUCAUGCUUCUCUACAAAUUUCUUUUGAUGCAUUUUAAAGUCGCUGGAAAAUUUAAGUAUGCAUACCAAGUUUUUCGACUCCUUGCCAUGCAACAAUAUCUCUUAACACCUCGGAUGUCACAUCAGCUUACCUGGAACAGGUUUAUCAAUUUGAAGGGGCAGCCUGACACUAACAUAGAAAUGGAUAGGGCCAUUGAGCACAGAAACAAGUUGUUUAAACAAGAGUGCCGAUCAUUCCAUGGGAAAGUAACACACAAGUCAGUGGCCAGGGUUGGACAUGCUGCUGAUGCACUGGAUGAGAUUUUAUACAAUGCAGACAGAGUUGCAAAAGUCAAGAAAGCAUCCGGGAAACACACAAAGAUUAAAGCUAAAAAAGAUGUUUUGGCUUUGAUGCGACUCAUGCACAGGGAGGAAAUCUUCAAACUAAAGCCAGGAAGAAGACUUCAUGCCUUUCCAGACUUUCCCUCCAACCCUCUAGCCCAACUUGAUCAGACGGAAGUCCAUGACUGGAUGACCAAGACUGUAAAGAAAUUAGGCACAGUGAAGUUGUUUAAGACCCCAUCAUCCAGGUUGUAA